UAUUUUUCCUCAAAUUUUCCUAUCAACCAGAGAGCAAAGGCUUCUCCUUCCUCCUCACACUGAAAAUUUUAGAGAGAGAGGAACCUCCCGUAGAAAAUUUUAGAGAGAAAAAUUAAGGAUUCAAUGAGAUAGAUGGAUAUGGUGGGACUUAGCAUAGUAUUGGAAGAAGGUCAAAAGGGGAGUGGAGUUAACAAAAAAAUCCCACAAGUAAUUAACAAAGCCACCAUGGUUGUCAUCAACAAGCCUUUUUCUUCUUCUUCUUCUUCUUCAAGCCCUUCACAAAUAACCCACAAAAGUUUUAACUUUUCUUCUCACUCGUCCUCACCCUCCUUCUUUGGACAACCAAGUUUUCUCGACCAAUGCUUUCUCUGCAAGCAGAAGCUCUUACCUGGCAAGGACAUCUACAUGUACAAGGGGGACAGGGGAUUUUGCAGCGUGGACUGCAGGUACAGGCAGAUUUUCAUGGACGAGGAAGAGAUUGUUCGCAAGGAGAAGCAGAAGUACUGUUCGCCAUCUUCUUCGUCUGCUUCCUCUGAUCAGCGCAAAGGGGCCAGAAACCGAGCGGGUGGAUUUGCCUACUGAGAAAGGGGAGAGAGAGGAGAGAGAGUUCUACCAGUUUGGAACCGAGAAGAAUUGGUUUCUAGAGUUAUAUUUCCAGUUUUACCCUUAGUUUACUUUCAAAAGACGUUGAUGUCCUCCGUCGUUUUUUCUUGCUUCCUGCUACGAGGCCAAAAGAAUCCAACCUGUUCAAGCAUUUAUGUGUAAUAGCCCACAGUUUUGCUUGCUCCCCCAUUGUCUAGAACGGAAACCUUGGAGGACAGUCGUGGGAUUUUGUGACAGUUGAAAGGGCAUUAAUGGCAUUUCGUUGUUAUGCUUAA